UCCGCACGUACGCGCUGCGGAUGACGGGAGUAGCGCGCGCGAUGGCGCCUCCCGGUUUCGGGUCUCCUGUUUCUUGACAUCUCCUGGGACGCGUUUCACUAUGAGGUUAAUGAGAUACCUGCGAUGGACAGCUUCGGCUGGCCCGGGCCCGGGUCCGGGUCCCAGCCCAAACCAGGGUCCCGCUGCCGGCGGCGAGCGCAGCGUCCCGGGCCAGGUGGAUUUCUACUCGCGCUUCUCGCCAUCCCCGCUCUCCAUGAAGCAGUUUCUGGACUUCGGAUCUGUGAAUGCAUGUGAAAAGACUUCGUUUAUGUUUUUGCGGCAGGAGUUGCCAGUGAGAUUGGCAAACAUAAUGAAAGAAAUAAGUCUCCUUCCAGAUAAUCUUCUAAGAACACCUUCGGUUCAACUGGUACAGAGUUGGUACAUUCAGAGUCUACAGGAGCUCCUUGAUUUUAAGCAUAAAAGUGCUGAAGAUGCUAAAGCUGUUUAUAACUUUACAGAUACUGUUAUAAGAAUCCGGAAUCGUCAUAAUGAUGUCAUUCCUACCAUGGCUCAGGGUGUGAUUGAAUACAAGGAAAGCUUUGGUGUAGAUCCAGUGACCAGCCAGAAUGUACAGUAUUUUUUGGAUCGUUUUUACAUGAGUCGAAUUUCAAUCAGAAUGCUACUCAAUCAGCACUCCUUACUGUUUGGUGGAAAAGGAAAAGGAAGUUCAACUCACCGAAAACACAUUGGAAGCAUUAAUCCAAAUUGUAAUGUUGUUGAAGUUAUUAAAGAUGGCUAUGAAAAUGCAAAGCGUCUUUGUGAUUUGUAUUACAUUAAUUCUCCAGAACUAGAACUUGAAGAAUUAAAUGCAAAAUCACCAGGACAGCCCAUGCAAGUGGUUUAUGUACCAUCACAUCUCUAUCACAUGGUGUUUGAGCUUUUCAAGAAUGCAAUGAGAGCAACUAUGGAACAUCAUGCCGACAAAGGUGUUUACCCUCCUAUUCAGGUUCACGUAACACUGGGUAAUGAGGACUUAACUGUGAAGAUGAGUGAUCGUGGAGGUGGUGUUCCUUUGAGAAAAAUCGAUAGACUCUUCAACUACAUGUAUUCAACUGCACCCCGACCUCGUGUUGAGACAUCUCGGGCUGUACCGCUGGCUGGUUUUGGUUAUGGAUUGCCCAUAUCUCGGCUUUAUGCACAGUACUUUCAAGGUGACCUGAAAUUGUAUUCCUUAGAAGGUUACGGGACAGAUGCUGUUAUUUACAUUAAGGCACUAUCGACAGAGUCAGUGGAAAGGCUCCCAGUGUAUAAUAAAGCUGCGUGGAAACAUUAUAAUGCCAAUCAUGAGGCAGAUGACUGGUGUGUGCCAAGCAGUGAACCAAAAGACAUGACCACAUUCCGCAGUGCAUAGCUGCAAUCUAGGCCAUCUGAAAAAAAAAAACAACAAACCAAAAAUGGGUUUCUAGUAUUAUAUUUGAGAAGGACUUUGGAAAACUGUUACAUAAAACAUUUCACAUCUGAUUUUCACACUCACUGACUGGGUAGAAUAAAUGGAAACUGAAUUCUAUAGCUUUCUUUCAGACCUCCUAAAGCAUUGAACUAUACCAUUUAAUUGUAAGAAGAAAGAAAAUUCUAGCUACUGUGUACAUUUACUUUUAACUACUACAAAUGUGGCUAACAUGUUUUGCUUCCUGUCAUUGGACUUCAGGGACUAAGUUUCUGCUGUAGAAAUCUCCAGGUUCCUUAUGGGACCCGUGAAAUUUAUCUUAUAUCUAGUAAAAGCAUUUCCCAAAUUGUACUGAUUAAUUGGUUAACUACCUUUUUGUACUCUGGAAAACCUUAUUAUGCUUUAUUUAAUUUUACUCAGGAAUGAGAGUAAAUUAAAAUUGUUUUCACAUUAAUCAAUAACUGCCUAUUGGUUGCACAUAUAAAGGCAGAAAAUUAUUACCCUGUGGAUUUAAUACCACCUGCUGUUUAUAAUUUCCUUUUGUAGUUGACUUUAGAGCCACUUAUUUUUAGAAGUAAAUUUUCUUUUUCUGAACAAUCGAUAUCUAGUUCUCUCUAUGUUUAGUCAAGAUCCUUUGAAAUUCACACUGAAUGUUCUUUUUGUUAAUUUCAGGAGGAAAAUUUUUAUUGCUAAAUCACUAGCAAUCCUUAACAAAAUCCUCAAAAGUUUUGAGGGGAUAGCUGUUUACUAUGUGAUUAUAGCUUGUGUUGUAGUGAUUCUAAUUAUGGCGUUAAGAAGCAGUGUGACAUAAUUGAUAAAAGGCCAACAUUGGAGUCAGGAAAACCUAGGUCUGAGUCUUGCCUUGACACAUACCAGCUGUGUUUACCAAAGGUCAGCCACUUAACUUCUCUUUGCCUUAAUUCCCUAAGAUUGUAAGUUGAUUUGUGUUGAUGGAGGGAAUUUUUAAACUCAAGUUCACCGUAACAAUGAAAUCACAGAUCUAGCUUCCUCCCCAAAAAUUGAUCCUAAUAAUGGUAGAAUUAUCCACACAUAACACAUGGGCGUAAUGAUAUAGGUCUAGAUUAGGUUUCCACAGACAUCUAAAAAAGCAUAAUAAAACCUCUUUCAAUUGGUCAGUCUCCCAGCCUCCUCAAUUCUGGGAAUCUGAUUGUAAAGGAGGGACCAUUAUAUAGGUAAUUAUAUGUAAGAAAACACAGCAGAAUAGAAAGAAUAAGAAUUGAAUAAAUAACAAUUGGUAGCAGAGAUUAGACUUAAGUAUAAAAAGCCAUCUUUAUCUUGGUAGCAUCAUUCUAUCAGCACAAAACGGUAAUUGAUUUUUGUGAUAAGUUACCAAAAAGAGGUCAGUUCUUCAGUAUUGGAGAUGUGACUAUGAAGUAAUAAGACUAUUUUGUGAAUCUAUGUCAUUUUGUUUAAGGCAGCGGGAGAAGUAUCUCAUACAUUUUGUUAAAAAGCACUUUUUAUUGGAAAAUAGUUUCACUUAUAAAGAAUGGUGUGUUUUCUGAUUAUGCAGGUUAAAUGAGGUAUCACUGUCCGUGCUAUAUAAAUGUUGCAAUGUGACCUAAUUUUGGAAGAAUGAUCAACUACUAAAAAAACCACAGUGUAUUAGUUCACUAUGUAUUAGUAGAUGAAGGGCAAAAGAUGCUGUUUAUAACUGUCUUCAAACUUUCUAGCAAUAAUGAUGUAUAAACUUUUGGAAGUCUUCAAAUCAGAACAGGUUUUAAAUAAAUUAUAAAAUGGUCA